UAACAGUUCGAGAAAUGGGAAAUUGUUUACUGGGAAAAAGGGCAGCUAAGGUGAUGAGAGUAGACGGACGGACUAUACAAUUCAAGACUCCGGUGAACGCAGGCGAAGUGAUUAAGCAAUAUUCCGGCCACAUUUUGCUAGAUUCAGAAUCAGUAAAGAAUCUCGGGAUUCGAGCCAAGCCGUUAGAGCCUAAGCAAGAGCUAAAGCCCGAACGGCUCUACUUUCUGGUUGAGCCCCCGCCAAACACGGCGGCGCAGGAGGUAUUCCCGAGGAGGGGCCGAUCAUCGGGGAUCCAAAUGAGCGCCAAAGACCGACUCGAGAGCCUAAUGCUGGCUCGCACCAGGUCAGCGUCACAUAUCUUGUCUGCAAAGUCGUCACCGGCGGCUGUGAUGCAGUCGGAAGACGGCGGUGUGCGGGUGAAGUUACGGAUGCACAAGGCUGAGCUGGAAAAGUUGGUAAUGCAAAGUGACCACGACAGAGGGGAGGCCGUCGAGAAAAUCAUGCGGCUGUGCAUGGAAAAUAAUCUUCAUGCCGCGGCAAACAAGCCGGGUACAACUAGAAACCCGGAUCCGACCCCCGGAAUUAUGAAGAACGGUCUCAAAUCUAGCAAGGCGCUAAAAAAAUUUAUUACUCGAUGAAAGCAGAGCACUAUGUUCUUACUUGAGAGUUUGUAAUAAAACAAAUGGAGUACUUCAAUGGGAUUGUCAUUUAUGCAUCGACAACUGUGAUAAAGAUUAAUUUAAACCAUAAUCCGAGUACUCUGUAUUAAAGGCUUUGCGCUUUUCUUGGAAUAUUUAUCUAUUUGUCCCUUUUUGAAAAGUUCAAGGGUCUUCUUUACGUGUUCCCACGUUUCCUCAAUUUAUUAUUC